GUCAUCGAAUGACUGCUUUCCAGCUCAAGCAUAUAUUAUACAAAUAAAUUAAAAACUAUGCAAUUUUUGUGAUCAUUUCUGUACAAGUUAAAAUUUACGUAAUCUACUAGCGCCAAUAUGUCUUAUUAUUGAGUCAUGUUAAUUUAGUUCAGAUAUGUCUAAGAUUGGAUAUUAGUUUCACUUUUAUGUGGUUUUGAUUGUUUAAUAUUAUUAAAGUUAAGAGAUGUGCGUGUGUUAAAUAAAAAUGAAGCAUAUCUGUCUGUUAACUGUUUGUGCUCUAGGAAUUGCUUUGUGUAUAGAACACGAUUCAAGAGGAUUUGACGAUACAAUUCUAUUUAAAAUAAACUGGCCCGGUGCCCCUGAUGUAUUAGAGAAUUUAGCUGAUAAUGAGCUUAAUAAAUCACAGACCCAGAAAAAAGAAGUACUUAAAAUAACAACAACACAAAACGAAAAGUAUGAAUGUCACAUUCCAGAGUCGCAAACUAAAGAGGCAAACAGUAUCGAAGAUUAUGAUGGACCUUCACCUAUAAAUCUGUUAAAACCUCUUUUUGCUCAGAAGAUUUGUUCAUACAGACUUGAGAGCUACUGGAGUUAUGAAAUUUGCCAUGGGAGAUACAUAAGGCAAUACCAUGAUGAAAGAGAUGGUAAACAAGUCAAAACACAACAAUACUAUCUUGGAUAUUGGAGCCCUGAGAAGCAAAUAAAACUUGAAGAAGAUCUAAAGGUGCAGCAAGAAUCUAAAGAUAAACCGAAGACCAUUAAAAUGGAUGGCCUCUCUUUACCUUAUGUAGAAAUGGCAAUGGAUGACGGUUCCGUUUGCGAUUUGAGUGGGAAACCUCGUAUGACAAGAGUAUUAUAUGUAUGUUACUCUCACGGAAAACAUGAAGUGUAUUCGUUCAAAGAAACUGCAACGUGUGAAUAUGAGAUUAUUAUUUUGUCUCCGCUGCUCUGUGAACAUCCACAAUUCAAAUUGAAAGAUGUCAGUGAAAAUCCUAUCGAUUGUUUCCCGAUAGCUGGCGCACCCAAAAAACCGCAAGGCUUAUUGAAAAUGGAAGUGGAAAGUUUAAAAUUCCAGCAUCAGACUAUCAAGUACAUGAAUAGUGACGGCGAGCCCCAUUUGAAGUUCGAAUUGCAUCCGUUGAGUGAAGACGACGAGUUACCGGAGGCGGCGCCGCUGGAAAAGCCCGUCCCCCCUGUGCUGGACGACUCGCCCGUACGAGCUUUCCUCAACGGAGAACAUUGCUUGAAUGGGGGCACCGGCUGGUGGAAAUACGAGUUUUGCUACGGUAAGCAUAUCUUACAGUACCACGUGGGACGAGGUGGGGAGAAAACUACCCUCGUUUUGGGGAAAUUCGAUGAGCAGGCGCAUCUCGAGUGGAUCCAGGAAAACAAAAGAAGAGCUCCGAAGCCAGUAGAACAAAGAACCUCAAUAUCCCAUUUUUACUCGGGCGGCGACAUUUGCGAUAAAACCGGAAAGCCGAGACAGACCGAAGUCAAGUUGAAAUGCUUUGAAAACUCAUCGAGUCCUGCACAAGUGUCACUUUACUUGCUGGAGCCGAGGACCUGUCAUUAUAUCUUAGGCGUGGAGUCCAAAAUAAUAUGCGACAUAUUACCUUUAGCCGACGAAAAUGGUCUGAUAAAGUUGCCAAAGCCGAUUCUAAAGAAGCAAGAUACUUUGGUGGAAUCACAGUUAGAUGAUGAGGAAAGCGAAACGAAAGAAAAAUAUUUACCAAAGAUUGGUAAUGAUUAAUUGUUAAAUAAAGUAUUGAUUGUG